AUGGACGAGGGCAAGGUUUCAUACUUCCUGGAGAAUCACACCCACAUCACAGCAGAGUCUGGCCUGAGAAUCCAUGUUAUAAUGAGCAACCUUGAAAAUACCAGCAGACCACAGCGAUCACGAAAUUGCCCAGACUUUUCCAACCUGACUGGGCAGAAUAUGGAGGAUCUAAAUACAGCUACUCAAGGGCAAUUCGUCCUGAAUCCCAGAGACCAGUCAAGAAGCCAGCAGCAAAAUGUUACAGAGAAGAAAAAAGGUAACAGAGGACGGUCUUUCAUAACACGAAUAUUCCACAGGGGCUCUGCAGCCCACCGGGACCAAGUUAGCCCAACCCUGCCAGUCACCAAGAGAGGAAAAUUCUUUGGAAAUGAUCUUCCUGUUAUUUGUGAGGAUGGACAGCUGCCCACAGUGAUUCUGGAUAUGUUAUCCCUCAUCAAUGAAAAAGGGCCAGUCACUGAAGGUGUCUUUAGAAUGCCAGCCAGUGCAUCAGAAUGCCAAGCCCUAAAAGAAAAGCUUGAUUCCGGAGAAGAAGUGAAUUUGAACAAGGAAUGUGUCCUUGUUGUGGCAUCUGUCUUAAAGGAGUUUCUUCAAAGUAUCAAAGGAAGCAUUCUGACAGCUAGACUGUAUGUCAAAUGGCUUGAUGUCCCUGGUAAAGUGAACGAAGAGGUGAAAGUAGCUGAAGUGCAGAGCCUUUUAGAGCAACUGCCACACGCGAAUGCCGUUCUCUUGAGACUACUUUUCAGAAUGUUACACAACAUUGAACGGAAUUCUACAGUCAAUCAGAUGACCGCUUAUAAUUUAUCUGUUUGCUUGACCCCGAGUAUCCUAUGUCUGCCUAGUUCUUGCAACUCAGGAUUAGCAAAUGAUAUUUCCAAAGAGACUUCCCUUGUAAAAUUUCUCAUUGAAAACUGUCUGCAAAUAUUUGGAGAAGACAUGGUUUUAUGUCAUGACGAGAACUCAGUGGCUUGCCAUGAUGUGGGAAAAGCUUCAUGCUCCCUGAACAUUAGUGUGACUGACUUCGGUGAGAUGAAAGGCAAAGGCUAUCAAGACAACAGCUAUGAAAGUGGAAGGACAUGCCCCAUGAGCAAUGCUACAGUGCCUAUGAAUCCAACCCUUCCCCUUCACAGCGAGGGGGUUAGAGAUUUUGGGAAACCUGUCAAAAGAUCUUUUAUAAAACCAAUGAUUACCAGUGGCUCUGGUACCAGCCACGACAAUGUGUGCAUGGCCCUGCCAGCAACAAAGAAGGGACGCCUCUUUGGAAAGUCUCUCAUGAGUGUCUGUGAGGAUGGCAAUCUGCCUGCUCCCAUUUUGGAUAUGCUUGCUAUUAUCGAUGAAAAGGGACCAGGCACAGAAAGAAUCUUCAGAACAUUAGCCAAUGAAUCAUACCGAGUCCUCAAAGAAAGUCUUGAUUCUGGAGAGGAAAUGAACUUGAGAGAAGAACCUGUCCUUAUUGUAGCAUCUGUCUUAAAGGAAUUCAUUAGAAACAUCCAAGGAAGCCUACUUUGUUCUAAUCUGUAUGAAAAAUGGCUUGAUAUACCUGAUCAAGAAUUCCAGGAUCAAAAGAUUACUGCGAUCCAAAGUCUUUUACAACAGAUGCCAGAACCAAAUGUUCUCCUUUUGAGACAUCUUCUCAGUGUGUUACAUAAGAUCAAGAGCCAUUCUUCCAUUAAUCACAUGAAUGCUUAUGGUUUAUCAGUUCGCAUAGCCCCGAAUAUUCUAUGGAAACCUACUUCCUUCAACUCAGGGCUUGGAAAUAAUAUUUCAAAAAAGAUUUCCAUUGUAGAAAUUCUCAUUGAGAACUUUCUGGAGAUAUUUGGAGAAGAUGCCGUUGUGUUUUAUGGAGCUAGCCCAAAGAGUUUCAAUGACAUAGAGAAAGCUUUACGUUCCUUGAAUAAUGUUGCUGAGUUUGAUGAAAUCAGGAGUGCCAGUGGUAACAACAGAGGCUGUCGUAGUGAAAGGACCUGUCCUCAGGAAAAGGAUGAAGAGAGUCUGUCUGCUCCUCCUUAG